AAUCGAUCGAUUUUCGAUAUAGCUGUAAAUUUAACGGCAACAUUGAUCAAACACAAACGGUAUAGGUUAUGUUUAUCGCUAAAGUUAUUUAGCAAAUCAAAUUUCUCAAAGAAGAUGUCGAUUUAAACUAGAAAUGCUUUUGUUGAUUGAAUAAUGUUAAGUAUUAUGUGGAAAUCACCUUUUAACAAUAAAUCUAUUAAAAACAUGUAACUUUUUAGUGAACCUCAAGUCAUAAAAUGAAAGGUUAAGUUACAGAUAAAAACGAAAGCAUAAAAUUCAUUGAGAUCUCUUGAUGCAUGUCUGUAAACAAGAAACACGGUAGAAAGAACUAUUUUUUAAAUUAACAAAGACAAAAAUAAGCAAGUGAACAUGUUUAAAAAUACAUUUCAAAGUGGAUUUUUAUCAAUAUUGUAUAGUAUUGGUAGCAAACCAUUACAAAUUUGGGAUAAAAAAGUAAGAAACGGACAUAUAAAACGAAUUACAGAUAAUGAUAUACAAAGUUUAGUAUUGGAAAUAUUGGGCAGUAAUGUUAGUACUACAUAUAUUACUUGCCCAGCAGAUCCCAGAAAAACUUUAGGUAUAAAAUUACCAUUUCUAGUGAUGAUAAUUAAGAAUUUAAAGAAAUAUUUUACUUUUGAAGUCCAGGUUAUUGAUGACAAGAAUGUGCGCCGUAGAUUUCGUGCUAGUAAUUAUCAAUCUACAACUAGAGUAAAACCAUUUAUUUGUACAAUGCCAAUGAGACUGGAUGAUGGAUGGAAUCAGAUUCAGUUUAAUUUAGCUGAUUUUACUAGACGUGCAUAUGGAACAAAUUAUGUGGAAACAUUAAGAGUUCAAAUCCAUGCAAACUGUAGAAUACGAAGAGUAUACUUUUCUGAUAGAUUAUAUUCUGAAGAUGAAUUACCAGCAGAAUUUAAAUUAUUUUUGCCAAUUCAAAAUAAGGCAAAAUGUUAAGUUAGUACUAAUUUCCUAACACUUUACAAAAAUGUUUAAGAAGAAACAAGAAUAAACAACAAAUAUUUAUAAAUUAA